UGUUCAACACGCAGGGACGUGGUGGCUGCGACGAGUGUCAGGUGAGAUGACGUGGCGCAAGAUGAGUGAGACACGGUGGUAAAACGUGGGGGUGUGCUAACUCAAAACGUGGGAGCGUGAUGAUGACGUGGCGGAGCAAGAACAGGCCACGCAGGCAUCACGUGGGGGCGUGAUGAUGACGUGGCGGAAUAUGAAUUAGCCACGCAAGCACCAUGUGGGAGCAUGAUGAUGAUGUGGUGGAGCUUGGUCUGUACACAUAUGCAUCACGUGGGGGCGUGAUGACGUGGCACGUGGGGGCGUGCUGACACGUGGCAGUACGUGAUUCGCCUGAGGCAAUCAAAACGUGGGGCGUAGUGAAUGCUACCCUCUAUAUAAGGCAGUGCACGGGUUCAUUUUCAUUCUGAGGAAGUGUGUGAGUGUUCUUUGAGUGUGUUUCUGGUGUAAUGGAGGGUACCACAAACUUGGUAGUGUAUCGCGACGGUGAGAUAAUACGUAAUACUCAUGAGGGAGUGAGGUUUGUGUGCCAGAAUCCAUUUUCGUUUGUGGUUCCAUGCACCAUGACGUUUAUGGAACUUCAGAAUGGUCUCUGUCAAAGCAUGGAGAACGGUACAUUAAUGAGAGUGAGCAGAAUUCUGUACCGGAAUCCGGUUGUAGUUUUCGGUGGUCUAAUACAGUUUGAUACCAUGCCAAUCACUGACGAAGUGACUAUGCAUAAUAUGUUUCAAAUUCACCGGCAGACUCAGAUGCGACAGCCACAUAUUGAGCUGUAUGUUGAGUUUGAAACCGUAGAGGCGGAAGAGAUUCAAAAUGACUUAGAGGUGGAGGAUGAUAUAGCUGCAGUGUACGAUGGAAUGAAUAGUGACAGCGAAGAGGACUUUGAAGCCACUUAUGAAACCGGCGACGAAGACGAGGAUGGUGAUGUGGGAGUUGAGACAGCAGCUGAUAAUGUAGUGGUUCACCCAUCGAUCAGUCAACCGAUGAACGUGCCACCUUUUAUGUGUGAGUUGGAUCUCGACGCCAUGCAUGCACCGGAGUUUCCGGAAUAUUCAAACAUAGGCGUUGCUGAUCCCGAGGACGGAGAGUUUCGGAUUGGAGUGGAAUACAGUUAUAGAAAGUUGGUCGUGGCAGCAAUUAGAAGUUACACUAUCGCUAGAGGAGUUGACUACGACGUGUACGAGUUUGAGCCACAGACGUUCUAUGCAAAAUGCAAGAUAUACAACGGUAGGCACACGUGCACAACGGGAGUGAUUUCACAGGAUCAUUCCAAGUUGGACUCGGACACAGUUGCUGAGGCUAUAAGGCCAUUGGUCGAGACUGACCCGUUCAUAAAGGUGAAAACUAUAAUAGCCGAAGUCCAGUCAAGGUUCAACUAUACCAUCAGUUACCGAAAGGCUUGGUUGGCAAAGCAGAAGUCCAUAGCGAAAGUUUUCGGUGAUUGGGAGGAGAGUUACCAAGCCUUGCCGUGGUGGCUCUUGGUUAUGGUUCAGAAGAUGCCUGGGUCAGUUGUCCAGAUAGAAACACGCCCACUCUACAAUGGGAAUGAAGAGGCGCAAGGGGUAAAAAUACUUCAUCGCGUAUUUUGGAGUUUCAAUCCAUGCGUUAGGGCAUUCAGGCAUUACAAGCCCAUAGUUCAGGUUGACGGAACACACCUAUAUGGAAAGUACAAAGGUACACUUCUGGUCGCUGUUGCACAGGAUGGGAACCAGAACAUUGUGCCUAUUACUUUUGCCUUGGUGGAAGGGGAGACAGCUGAUGCGUGGCACUUCUUUCUAAGGAAUCUGCGAAUGUAUGUAGUCUAUAUCAUGCCUAAAUGUCACAACAGUCUUCUCUAA